CAAGUAGUGAUGAUUUUUUAAAAAUAUGUUAUUUUUCAUACGAGGCCCAGUAUCUUGAGCGGUCUAUCUGCAGUUUUUCCGUAAGAUGUCUGAAGUCAGAUCUCCAGAAAAAAAAAGACCUCGUAAGAGUUUGUCGAGGAAUAAAAACCGAAAAAAUGAAGCAGAGACUAAGUCGAACUCUAUCAUAUCUCUCUUUAACAAUGCACCACCACCCAAACUCGCUUGUCCUAUUUGUAGAAAACUGGUGCCAAGGUACAGUUUAAACGCACACAUCGACGAAGGGUGUCCGAAGGACAAUGACAAAACAGUCGAUCCUAAACGUGACGGGUCGGGAAAUCCUCACCUAUCCUCCGUGUGCCAAACUCCAAAGAAAUCCUCACCGUCGGCGGCAAGAAUGAGCCCUGGAAAAAGCAACCUCGAGAAAGACAGCGUCAAACAACAGACCAGCCCCUACUUUGAGGCUAAUGAUAAACCGAUAAACGAUAUUCGGGAUGAGCGGAGAAGUCAGUCGGUGGAAAAAGUCCCACUGGGAGAUGAGCGGAGAUGUCGGUCUGUGAAAGAAAUCUCCCUGGGAAGCCUGUCAUCUAAACUGACUAGGAAGUUUAAAGAGGCUAGAAAAUUGGAACAGAACGGGAGUUUUAAGCCAUGCGAAGUUCCGGAGGCACAGAGAGGGCAAUGUACGGUUGACAAUACUCCAGAGUGUGGUCCUGGGGAAGGCCAUAUUGAGAAUGAUUGUGGAAACAAAAAUCAGUCGGUUAUAUCAAAGCUUUCUGAAGCCUUCCAGACAGAAAACAGUGCCUCCAAAAAUAUCUCAGAAGUUGGGGAAAUAAAGGAAAGUCCUGAGAGUGCUCAGGAACAUGAGGCAGUGAGGCUCUCAGCUGGUCCCGUCGAAGAUCCUCUUGAGUUAGCGGGACCAGACCACGCUUCAGAGAAGGGUCUAGAAAAACAGACGGGUUUUGAAGUUGCAAAUGAAAAUCAAGAAGGAUCCACAGCACAAAGAACAAAAAUGAGCUGUGCUUCCGAAGACGAAGCCCAUCCGCCCAAGAAUGAUCGCCUUUUGGGGAAUUCAGAAGAGAAUUUUAAAUGCCACCUAACUCAUCCUGAAAAGAGGACCGUGGGAGGAUUUCCUGUGGAAGGGUGCAGUAACUUAAAGGACAAAAUAAUUUGCAGGACAUUUUUGGAGCUUUCAGAGGAGGUGGGGGCAAGCAGCGAUGUUCCGGAAAAGGAAAGUCACGAUUUUAGGUGGAACUCAAUGCCCGAGUCUACAAAUCAGCCUUACUACCUUAGAAAUUUCCUUAUGGUCCUGCAAGGAGUCCUAGAAAAUGAAGAUGAUCUGAGGCUCUUUGACCAACAGGAUACUGACAUCAUUGCUAAAUUUUAUCAACUUUCAGGAAAUGGCCAAAGAUUAUAUGUCAGACUUUUCCAACGCAAGCUAAAUUGGAUAAAAACCAGCAAGAUCGAAUAUGAAGAGAUCGGUCCAGAUUUAUCGCCGGUAAUCGAAGAAUUGAAGCAAGCAGGUUUUCUGCAGUUAGAAUCCGAAUUGCAAGAACUCUCUGAAGUGCUUGAUCUACUUUCUGCCCCUGAGCUAAAAACCUUAGCGAAGACCUUUCACUUGGCAAACCCCAAUGGUCAGAAACAGCACCUGUUGGAUGCCUUUCUUAAAUUAGCCAAACAGCGCUCUGUCUUCAGCUUUGGCAAGAAUCAACCUUCCAUUGAGGCAGUGAUUUUAAAAAGGGCGAAGGAUUUGGCUGGACAGUCAGUAAGGGUUUGCAAAGGCCCUAGGUCCCUGUUUUCCCGUAUCUUGCUCCUCUUUUCACUGACCGAUUCCGUGGAAAAUGAAGAAGCUGCUUGUGGUGGGCAAGGCCAACUUUCUACCGUGCUUAUGGUGAACUUGGGUCGUGUGGCAUUCCCCAGGUACACUGUGAACAGGAAAUUACAAAUCUUUCAGGAUAGAAGCGAUCUCAUCAGAUAUGCAUCAGCUGUUCAUACGUUGAAUGAUGUGGCCACCGCAAUGACUAAUGGAAAUUGGAAAGAGGCUAAUGAGUUGUACAAGUGUGCAAAAGAGGUCUGGAACAACUUGAAAAAUCAUCCUUCACUGAGAUACCAUGAAGAGUUGCCUCUUUACUUGAGGUGUUUUACGGUUGGUUGGGUUUAUACAAGGAUUAUGUCUCGAGGAGUUGAAAUUUUGCAGAGAUUGCACCUGUAUGAGGAAGCCGUUAACGAGCUUAAAAACCUGUUGUCUCAGGACAUUUAUUGUCCUGACAGCAGAGGACGUUGGUGGGAUCGAUUGGCUCUCAAUUUACAUCAGCAUUUGAAACGCAUUGAACAGGCUAUUAAGUGCAUCUCACAAGGCUUAUUGGAUCCAUUUGUACGGACAGGACAUCGGUUUUCUCUUUAUCAGCGGGCCUUGCGCCUGAGAGAUUCCCCAAGCUGUCACAAAUUCAAACACCUCUUUCAAAAGCUGCCUGUAAUAACCGUUGAAGACGUUACGCAUGUGACGAUCAAAGGAAAAAUGUGUCCCCAGAGUGGGAUGGGGAAAUCCGUGUUUCUAAUGGAAGGUAGUGGGGACGAAGAAGACCCUAGCCUAACCACAGUCAUGUGCUCAGUUGAGGAGUUGGCACUAAGCUAUUACAGACAGAAUGGCUUCGAUCAAGGAAUUCAUGGAGAAGGAUCCACAUUUAUUACACUCUAUAGCCUUCUAAUGUGGGACAUUAUUUUCAUGGAUGGAGUCCCUGACGUGUUCAGAAAUCCGUAUCAGGCAUUCCCAUUGGAUCUGUACACCGACAGCUUCUAUGAAAACAGGAAAGAUGCGAUCGAGGCCCGGCUCCGGAUGCUUCACGGGGCUGCUCCUGAAACGUUGAGACAGUUGAUCGCGGAGGUUUGGAGCGCCCAAGAGGGUAAAGCAGCCGCAGUUGUUAGCUGGGACCGGUUCACUUCCCUUCAACAAGCUCAAGAUCUGAGCUCCUGCUUUGGGGGUUGUUUUUUAAGCGGCGUCUGCAGAAAACUAGUCACAGACCUUCGGCACUGCAGAGGGGGCCUCCCCGAUCUAGUUGUGUGGAAUACUCAGGAUAAGCAUUUCAAGCUGGUGGAAGUGAAAGGACCCAAUGAUCGCCUUUCCCACAAACAGAUGAUCUGGCUGGAUGAGCUGCGGAAGCUGGGAGCUGAGGUCGAAGUCUGCCAUGUGGUUGCAGUUGGAGCCAAGAGUAAGCGCCUGAGCUAAAUCCUGGAUCGCUCAAUUGGUCGCACCCGCUGCCGUCCCUAACUGGUGAAGAAGGAAAGCAAACGAGAUACCCGCUGCCUCCUCAUUUUAUCUUCACCCCUUUCUACCUAGAACCCUGUCACAAAUGAUUGUUUUCCUACGGACCAUGCCCGGUUUUUGGGAUGUAUGCUAGAUUGGAACUGUGGAAGAGGCCAAUAGGCAGAUUCAAAGGGAGGAUUUGGGGAGUGGGUCGGCAUUAUUUUGCUACUGCGGCUUUGGCUCUUGAGCCUAGAGGGGAGGAGACUAACCCUUCUCCUCACCUAUUUUUUCAAGGCUGAUGAGUGCAGGAAUUUUAGGUCCCGCUGGGUAAGGGCUGUAGGGUAAGAAAGCUAAUUACCGCACCUUUUGGGUGCGUCUUCUGCUGCUAAAUGUCAAGCCAUGCAUGGUGGAGUAUAUACUAACCCUUCUCCUCACUUAUUUUUUCAAGGCUGAUGAGUACAGGAAUUUUAGGUCCUACUGGGUAAGGGUUGUAGGGUGAGAAAGCUAAUUACCGCACCUUUUGGGUGCGUCUUCUGCUGCUAAAUGUCAAGCCAUGCAGGGUGAGUAUAUACUAACCCUUCUCCUCACCUAUUUUUUCAAGGCUGAUGAGUACAGGAAUUUUAGGUCCUGCCGGGUAAGGGCUGUAGGGUAAGAAAGCUAAUUACCGCACCUUUUGGGUGCAUCUUCUGCUGCUAAAUGUCAAACCAUGCAGGGUGGAGUAUAUACUAACCCUUCUCCUCACCUAUUUUUUCAAGGCUGAUGAGUACAGGAAUUUUAGGUCCUGCCGGGUAAGAGCUGUAGGGUAAGAAAGCUAAUUACCGCACCUUUUGGGUGCGUCUUCUGCUGCUAAAUGUCAAGCCAUGCAGGGUGAGUAUCUACUAACCCUUCUCCGCACCUGUUUUUUCAAGGCUGAUGAGUUCAGGAAUUUUAGGUCCUGCUGGGUAAGGGCUGUAGGGUAAGAAAGCUAAUAACCGCACCUUUUGGGUGCGUAUUCAUUCAUUCAUUCAUUCAGCCAAUUGUAUUUAUUGAGCACUUACUGUGUGCAGAGCACUGUACUAAGUGCUUGGGAAGUACAAGUUGGCAACGUAUUCUGCUGCUAAAUGUCAAGCCAUGCGGGGUGAGUAUACGACUUGCUUUUAAGCAUCAGUUUUUAUAUACUGGGAGAGUGGGGCCACCUUCAUGGGCUUGCUUAACUUUGGGGGGGGGGGAAAAUGGAUCUUCUAUAACCUUAUUGCUUAAUCAGUGGUAUUUAUUGGGGGCUUACUGUUUGCCGAACACUAGCCUAAGCACUUGGGCUUGUACAGUACAGCAGGGUUGGCGUCAGCAGGCCCUGAAUCUGUACAAAUUUUGCUUUUUUAAAACUACUUCCAGGUACCCCUGUACUUACCAGAACACAAGUUUCACGUACUCCAGUUGUAAGUGUAACCUUGUUGGUCUGAACAAAAUAUCUGAGUGGAGAGGUUCCGGCUGAAAUGAAAAUGCUUGAAUAAGUCUGAUUAAUUGGAUGUUUUUAUAU